UGUAAACACGAACGUGCGUGCCUCUCUAAAAACACAGAGUCGCACACGCCCCGUUUAAUUUGUUUUCAUUUUUUUUUUUUGGUUGCUUUCUGCUGUUAAAGACCCCUCCAGCUCACACCGCCAUGUCGUUCCUGCUCAAGGCGAUGAUCGGAAAUCCGAUGAAGAACAUGGCUGGUGGAGUGGCGGAGGAGGAGAAGAAGGAGGAAGGCGAUGGGAAGGAGACCCCUGAGUCUAAAGGAAUGUCCCGCGAGGAGUUUGAGGAGUACCAGAGGCAGCUGGUGGAGGAAAAGAUCGAGAGAGACAAGCAAUUUGCCCAGAAAAAGGCUGAGAGAGCCAGUCUGCGAGUUCACAUGAGGGACAAAUACCGACUGCCACAGAGUGAGAAGGACGACGCUCAGAUUCAGAUAGUGGGUGGAGACGUGGAUCUGCCCGAGGACCUCGCCAAGAUGGUGGAGCAGGAUGAGGAAGAGGAGGAGAUCAACGACAGCCUGCUGGGAAAGAUCCAGAACAUGGACUUCGACGCCAUCAAGACCAAAGCACAGACCACGCUGACUGAGAUGAAAGAGGCGGCCGAGGAGAAGUGUACUCUCAUGUGACCAGCAGAGAGACAGACAGACAGAUUCACUGCCUACGCUCCCCAGCUAGGCUAUACAUUCAGCUGCUGAGCAAACACUGUAUGGCACCAGUCUGUGUUAUUCCCUCCCCAAGGAGACCAGUUCAACAGUAGAAUAUACAAUAUACAAUAUACAAGUCAUGUCCCUAGUCCAGGGGUAGCCAAAGCCGUUCCUUCCAGUCCUGGGCUUUGUUCCAACCCUGUUCUAAAUUGUUUAAUUGAACCAAUUAAAACUCCAUCCAGACCCUGAAGCAGUUCAUGAUCUCAUUUUACCUGUUAAACCUGGACUGGAAUGGCUCUCCAGGACCGGGAUUGGACACUGACCUAGCCAAUCAGGCAACACUUUCCUGUUUUACUGGUUUAUAAGAAAAUCCUUGUGAAACCAGAUCGUGAAAAUAUAAACCGUCACAGCUUCUUAAUUUACUUUAUUGAUUUAGCCAGGAAAUAGCAUUUGAGGUGACAUAUCACCUGCCUUUUACAAGGGAAACAUUUCAAAAACAUACAAUCUCCAGUGGAUAAUUUCAUAUAGUUUUAGAAGCUUAACCCAUUGUCUUGUAUGCAUCUUAUACGAUAUGCAGGGAUGGAAAUGUGAAUUAGGCGGCACAGACACAGACUAUACGCUGUAAUAAAGAGACAGUGCUACAUUGUUAAUCGUUAGUCCGGUGUUCGGUUAAGAAGAUGAUUGGUCAAUGCUUCAA